AUCGCCUCCGAAACUAGGGGCAGUGUUAUUUCCGUUUUCUACUACCUGGCGGAAGUGGGAGGAGUGGUGUGAAAAAACAGUACUCUUCCGGUUCGGGACGCAGUUGAAGCCACAACAAGUCGGAUAACCGUUUGUGAGGAUGACACGGCAUGGCAAAAACUGCACUGCAGGGGCUGUCUACACCUACCAUGAGAAGAAGAAGGACACAGCGGCCUCAGGCUAUGGGACCCAGAACAUUAGGCUAAGCCGGGACGCCGUGAAGGACUUCGACUGCUGCUGUCUUUCUCUGCAGCCCUGCCAUGAUCCUGUGGUCACCCCAGAUGGCUACCUGUACGAACGGGAGGCGAUCUUGGAGUACAUCCUACACCAGAAGAAGGAGAUUGCCCGGCAGAUGAAGGCCUAUGAGAAGCAGCGGGGAGCCCGGAGGGAAGAGCAGAAAGAGCUGCAACGAGCUGCAGCCCAGGACCAAGUCCGAGGCUUCCUGGAGAAGGAGGCAGCCAUCGUGAGCCGGCCCCUCAACCCCUUCAUGCCCAAGGCUGCCGCCUUGCCCGGUGCAGAUGGUGAGCAGCCAGGGCCCAGUGCAGGCCCGCUAGGCAAGGACAAGGACAAGGACAAAGCGCUGCCCAGCUUCUGGAUUCCCUCACUGACCCCCGAGGCCAAGGCCACCAAGCUGGAAAAGCCGUCCCGCACCGUGACCUGCCCGAUGUCUGGGAAGCCCCUGCGCAUGUCGGACCUGACGCCGGUGCGCUUCACGCAGCUGGACGGCUCUGUGGACCGCGUGGGGCUCAUCACGCGCAGUGAGCGCUACGUGUGCGCGGUGACCCGAGACAGCCUGAGCAACGCCACGCCUUGUGCCGUGCUGCGGCCCUCCGGGGCCGUGGUCACCCUGGAGUGCGUCGAGAAGUUGAUCCGGAAGGACAUGGUGGACCCCGUGAACGGGGAGACGCUGACGGAGCGGGACAUUAUCGUGCUGCAGCGGGGCGGUACAGGCUUUGCAGGCUCCGGAGUGAAGCUGCAGGCGGAAAUGUCCAGGCCAGUGAUGCAGGCGUGAGCUAUGACGGAAUAAACCUGCCUAUGAGCAAA